AGCCCAAGUAAAAACCAACCAGUGACGACGACACAAGUCCAACGCCGCCGCCGCCGCUCUGCUCCAUUCCCCUUGCCAAACCCUCGCUCCACCUCACGACCUGUCGGCGGCCACGCUCAACGAGCCGAGCCGCAAUGCCUCCAGGAGGAGGAGGAGAAGGAGGACGAACGGGCGAACAAAGAAUCGGGGAGCAGGACCACCCGCCGGCGACUGGCCACGAGUGCCGCGACGAGGAGGCCGCAUCCCGCUCGCCGCCGACGCCGUUGCGGCCUUACCUCGCCGCCACUCCGGUCGCCUCUCAGAACAAGAAGAUGAGGCGGGAGGAUGAGCAGCAGGGGGAGGAGGAGGAGCCCCCGGCGAGCUUCCCGGAGGACGUUCUCGUCGAGAUCCUUUCUCGGGUGCCCUACAUCUCGCUCUUCCACUUCAAGUGCGUGUCCAAACAAUGGCUCGCCCUCUGUUCUGCCCCCGAAAUUCGCAAGAGGUCGCCGCAGACCUUGUCUGGCUUCUUCUACUUCAGUGCCGGUUGGCGUUUCCAGAAUUUGUCUGGGAAAGAUCCUCCCAUCGUCGACCCCAAUCUCCGUUUCUUACGCGGCAGCUAUAAGUAUUUCAGCAUCCAAUAGUGCAGCGCCAACCUUCUCCUUUGCAAAUGCUGGACAUCCCGCCGUCCUAGGCAAUACGGUUGGAAUUUUGUCCCGAAUCCAGGGCCGGGGCAAUGUUUUAACUGGCCUGAGGCUAAGGAGUUCGAUUAUGUUGUCUGCAAUCCUGCUACUCAUCAGUGGACUGUGUUGCCUCCUAUAGAAUUGCCUGAUGGCCUUUCGCGUUUCAGCCUAGGCAAAUACUUUCUGGGUUUUGACCCGGCCACUCCUUCCCGCUUUGUGGUUUUUGUGCCCCUGGACACAUAUUAUGAAUAUGGCCUGUCCGCGGCCAUGAUCUACUCAUCGGAAACUGGAGGGUGGACUUCCAUGCAGAGUCAGUGCAAUGGUGGCCGUACAUAUCAGGUCGGUGAUUUAGAAAGCACCCUCCUAAAUGGCAUUAUGCAUUUCCCUACUCGAUCUUCAUCAAUUGUCACAGUGGACAUGGAAAGGAAUGCUUGGAGGAGAAUUAAAAUGCCACCUGGCUUGCCAAACAACUAUGGCGGUGCUUCCAUUGGGCAGUCACAGGGACGCCUGCAUGUUUGGGAAGAGGAUCAAGAUGGUUGCCAACUCUCUAUUUGGGUUCUUGAGAAUUAUGACAGUGGACAGUGGACCCUAAAGUGUACCAUUAACUGUUUUGAACUGCUUGGAAGGGAUUGUUGCAAAAAUGAUGAGUACUACUCGAUGUUUGCAAUUCAUCCAGAAUGUAAUUUGAUUUUCUUUACUGAUGGAAAUGACAAGAUAUUAUCAUACAACAUGGAUAAUCAGAAAGUCCAUGUUAUCUGCGCUUCUGAAGAUUUCUUCAAAGGUCUGCCACUCCCCCUACUGCCUUACGUACCCUGUUUUGCGGAAUGGGCAUCAAAUGGUCAGUGAAUGCUUAACAUACCUGGUACGGCACUAGUGUCUUAGUAAAGAUGAGCUGUGGGGUAUAUGCCGAAUCUUCUAGUUGAAGCUGUGUGAUGGAUAAAUCAGACAUGCGCUUCAAUUUGUAUUUUUUCUUUUCUUUUAGUGUCUAGGUGCAUACCCUUCUUUUUCUUUGAGCAAUGAUGUAGCCAUGAAGAAUUUGUAACCAACCCUCCAAUGGGAAUGUUUAGCUGUAAGAAUGAACUUAGUCAUUUGAUCUAUUUGCUUCCAUGUAAUAAUUAUAGAUGUCGCUCUUUCAGCUUCCCUAUGGGGCAAAUGUGAAACAAUAUAUUAUAUAUGCUUGAAAUGUUUAAUUUCCUGCAAGCAAA